AUGUUGGCUUGCAGGAGAUGGCGUUGCUGUCAACAAACCAUUCAGUGGCAAGCGAUCUACCAUUCUGCUCCAAAGACUUCCGCGUUCCAUGGCGCGGCCAUUGGGCGAUCCAGCUUUGCAUUUAUUGCGGCAUUCGAAUACCAUAUCAGCAGUGACCAUACACUGAGCAUUGCUCACAACAUCGCCGAGUUGACAGCGGAACACCUAUUCUACGAACGUUUCCUCCGGUCGAUCAAGGCAAAGGCCAAGCUGCAACAAGUGUUUGUGCACGCGGCUCGCCUCCGUCACAUCCUUGUGCGCAACAACCGCUUUGAGGAUUUUGCCUUCAUCGAAGGCCAGCUCGUCGACUUCUUCGCUGCCACCGAGUUGGCAGUCUCCAAGGCGGUCACACGUGGUGCACUCAAGGCGUUUGUCAAUGUGAUCACCAAAUACGCAGCAGAACAUCCCAAUGUGCACUUCAAAUCCUUUGUCGUUGCCGCUAGCUAUGCUGCGGUUGACCAGCUUCGUCUCUUGCUGAAGCAAAACAAGGAUCAAGAAGCGCUUGAUCUUGCAACUUGCACCUUCAAGUUCUUGAUGGCUCACGAAGGCCUCGAUGACCCAACCGAGAUCCGCCUUGGCUUCCAGCUGUGUCUCAUGACGGCAGGUCGCGGCGAGUUUGCGUACAAGAGCAGCAGCCCCCGGGUCCAAGGUGAGAUGCUUGCAUUGUCCCGGCAGAUCCUAGGCGAGGUGUUCGAUAUCUGCAAGAACAACAACAUCAACAUUGCCCGGGCCCAGCUCUCUGAAUUGAACGAGCUGAUCAGUCUCGUUGGCGACCAUCGGGAUUAUGGCCGCCUUGCCUGGCUGCUGAAUACCCUUUGGACAUCCCGGGAAGGACAGAGUGCUUGGCCUCAAAGUACGAUCAUUGACCUGGGAUCGCGGCUAGUGCAAGCAGAAUUCAGUGCUGGAAACCACAAAUCAGCCAUGCGUCUCUGCGAAGACAUUGUGUACAACAUCAAACGCGUCCAUGGCUCAAAGAACCCGCGGCUCUACUCAUACUGGAACUUGCUGGCCGAGCUUUACACUGGAUACGCCAAUCAUGUCCUAGCUGAGGGAGCCAAACAGGAGCCAGCCAGCAAAAAGCUGACGGAGCAGAACGCUCUCUUCUACCUGCGGAAAGCCGCCGAUAUCCACCUCACAGCGCUCAAGCAGUUGGUUGAUGCAAAUGCCACCGAUGCCAGUGAUGAUGAUGAUGACUACGAAACCAUCACCAGCUUCGAUUUGGCGCAUUCUCCGGCCUCCACCAAUGGCGCUGACAGGACCGGUGCGAGGCUCAACGGAGACCACAAGCAUGUCCGUGCUUUCCGCAACCGGGAGGAGGAACUUGAGACGGUCCGACGACAUCUCAGGCUGCUCAAGUUGGCCUUGCAACGAGCCGGUGGCUUCUCCAAGCCGCUCAAGGAGUAUGAGAGCUUGACCCAGAAGAUCGCCACUCACUACGGAGAAGACCUCAAGCUCAAGGACGUCGAGUGGAGUGCUGCGAAGUGGAAGGUUGACGGCUUGCCGCUGGGCCAGGCCGAGUCGCAGAAGCAGGACGGUGUCUUCCGAGUGCCUGCACACUGGGAGAUUCAUGUGGCUUGA